AUGGCUGACAUCCUUAAUAAAUUGUUCGGCCAGAAACACAGUAAGCAUAGCGGCGAUCAAGGCAGCAGUAAAAAUUCUAGUUCUGAAGGCGAAGGCUACACCAAACAUCAAAGCGAAUUCUUCAAAGAGUUUCUUGCUAGAGCAAAAGAAGAAUUUCAACAAAAAUGGGACCAUGCGCCUCCAAGUUCAUCCUGUCUGGAUGACUUUGACAGAAUCAAAACACUCGGCACCGGCUCCUUCGGCCGAGUCAUGCUAGUCCAACACAAAGGAGAAGGAAAAACAUACUAUGCUAUGAAAAUCUUGGACAAACAGAAGGUUGUGAAGUUAAAACAAGUAGAGCACACGUUAAAUGAGAAAAAAAUAUUGCAGUCAAUAAAUUUUCCAUUUUUGGUGAAAUUGGAAUAUUCAUUUAAA